UAUACAAUAUUAAUUACUUCAAUUAUAAAUAUUAUAAAAAUAAGGAGCUAAAAUUAACGGUGACUUCAUUGCGGUGUUCCGAAAUUGCGAACCAUCAUCCAGCUGUUUCGGGAAAAUGGCGGCGUGUCGCCGCGGUGUAUGUGCUUCCCCUUCGGAGUGUCCAGCUACCCGCACGUUUCCCCCGUGGAUGUCAUGACGGAUGUCACCGUUUCCGAAAAUGUCCGUGUAUAAAGAAAGGGUGCAGGGGCUUCAUGAAGUCUUGGAGUCCGAAAAUAUUGACCUGCAGCUACUGCGUAGACUAUGCUUCCAAGGCAUUCCGGACGACAGCGGCUUUCGCCCCAUCUGCUGGCGGCUGCUACUGGGCUACCUGCCAGCCAACACCCUGGACUGGCCGCAAGUCCUCAAGAAGCAGAGGGCCUUGUACAACCAGUUCCUGGAAGACAUGGUGAUUUCUCACGACUGCGGCAGUCCGGAGGGCCUUCCCGACGACCACCCCCUGAACUGCAACCCCAACUCCAAGUGGCAGGUGUUCUUCAAGGACAAUGACGUUCUCCUUCAGAUAGACAAGGAUGUGAGGCGCCUGUGCCCGGACAUGUGCUUCUUCCAGCGUGCCACGGAUCAUCCCUGUGAGCGGAUCACCCAGGACCCUGGCGUGCAGAGCCUGAGGGAGAGGGUGCAGCGCACCAUGCUGCACUCGGCCAAUGUGACACGCUCUCGCAUGGGCAUCACCAACAUAUCCCUAAAUGCGGGACGUCCAGCGCAGUACGAACGGCUUCCCCAGGGGCAGGAGGCCCACUGGGAGGUUGUGGAGCGAAUCCUCUUCCUGUAUGCCAAGCUCAACCCUGGCCUGGGAUAUGUGCAGGGCAUGAACGAGAUUAUCGGUCCCAUCUACUACACAUUUGCUGCUGAUCCCAAUCCAGAGUGGAAAAAGCAUGCGGAGGCAGACUGCUUCUUCUGUUUCACGAGCCUGAUGGCGGAGAUCCGGGACUUUUUCCUCAAGACACUGGACGACUCGGCAUGCGGCAUUGGGGCCAUGAUGCAGCGGCUGAUGGGCCUGCUAAAGCGCAGGGAUGACCGCCUGCACCUGCGGCUGCGCCAGCUGCAGGUGGAGCCACAGUACUACAGCUUCCGCUGGAUCAUGCUCCUGCUGUCCCAGGACUUCCCUCUACCAGACGUGCUGCGCAUCUGGGACUCUCUCUUCGCGGAUCCCGAAAGAUUUGGCUUCCUCAUCUACAUCUGCUAUGCCAUGCUGGCGAGGCUGAGGGACAGGCUUAUGAGUGGCGACUUCCCCUCCAACAUCAAGCUGCUACAGAACUUUCCGGACACCGACAUAAACGAGCUACUGGCAGAAGCACUCCGCGUCCAGGAGGAAGAUCGCCUCCAAGGCUGACCCAGGCAGCGUGCCCCGAAUCCUGCAAAAACCGUUCGGGGCCGGACGACUUGAGGCAAGCCAACCAGACGAAUUGGGGCCAAGUGUCCAUGGCUUGAUGUCCCUCAAGCAACUGUGAUGUGCGGGGCACUGACAUACAUCCCCAAGCACUGCACCGUCACUCUGGAGCACUAGUUUCACCGCGGCAUGCACUACUGGAUCAUGAACAUUGGCAUCCAGUGCUGGAUCGCAGUGCAGGCCUAGAAACGUGUGAAUGUUGUGGACACGUCCAAACCACUGUGUCAGUUGUAGGUGGGAUUCAGGUUACCACCGAAAGACUUAUGGCACAGGGGGAAAAAUGCAGCCACCCCAUGCUCUGUUUGUGGAGUGUACUGCCUCUCAAUACUCAAGCAAGAAAUGGGCAGCUCUUAGGUAUUUCGCUAUGGAGCAAAAAGUGACAUCGUGAAGCCAUUGUCAGGGCUCGGUUUGGUGAGGCAGAAUCUUGCCCUUCUUUGCAUGAACUUGCAAUGUGGUUCUGGAACACACGCAGCAUUAUUUUGGCAGGUUUCUGGGCUGCUUAAAAGGUAGCACUAUAAACCUUUAAAAAUUUUUUUUUUUUUUUUUUGAGAAAUACUAUUAUAAUUUAGGGCCUGUGCUCACUUGCUAUAAGUUGACUUCUACUCGUUUCUUGUGUUUUUUGACUGCGAGUGCAAAAUUCACUUCUUUUUUACUUGUCCUCCGAUGCACCACAGUUUUCCCUAGGAGGUAGAGAGUGACAAUUAAUUUCGGGUGUAGGCUUGAAGUAAUUAUACAUUUCUUUGUAAAUUAUACUUUCAUACUUUUAUGUAUAUUGCACAUAGAAAUUAUAAGUUAUUUAGGGUGCAGCAGAAAUGUGGGAAGAACCAUGAGCACCACACGUGAAACUGGGAUCUGUAUAGUGUAGAAUAUUGAUGGCAAUAAUUAGUCGGAAAAUUAAAUCUAGUUGCUGAGAAGACUGACAGGCUAGCUAAAUUGGGCAGAACGGUUCUUGGCUGACUUACAUAAAUUGAUGUGCACUAGUUUGUGACAAGGGGGAACAUUCCAUGCUGAACAUAAAAUGGGGUUCUUAGAAUCGGGCAUUAGGACAUCCUGCUCGAGGAUAAUCUUCAAGGGGGUUUGGAAGUGUUUAGGAGGGGGGGGGGGGGAAGAGAGAGAGAAAGAUUGGGGGGAGAGAGGAGGGGAGGGAGAGAGAGGUUGGAGCGAACGAGCAAACAACUGGAGAGUAGUAGUUCUCUCCUCUAUCCCAGAAUCAUUCCCCGAGUGUGUCUGGAAUAUCCGGAAGGGGCGAUUUCUCUUGGGGGGGGGGGGCCUUCCUUGUUUUGGAACCACUGAUAAGCUUGCAAAAUAAAGAAACACAAUGUCAAUGCGUAGUAUUUAUGAUGUUACUUUCCAGUAAAGAGAACAGUAUUGUGCACAUUGUAUUAGAGUACUGCCUUCUGCGGUCGGCAUAGAUUGAUUGUACCUGGUUUUGUUGGUCUGUUUUAAGUGUCGAUAUAUUUGUUAAUGAAGCCCCCAUACAGCAUUUUCUCACUUUAAUAUCAGUUCGACCGACUUUGAGGGAUUUACUGUUAUGUUUUUCAUUUAUAAUGGGAUCAGCUUAAACAGAGGGUGGAAUAUCUUUUAUGGUCCUUACUUUGUAUCUUGUCUUCGGAAGUGCUGAGUGAUUUCUGUACUUUAUUUUUUAUUUGCAAAAGGUUGCAUCAGCCAAGGCACCUGUAGUAUUUAAUGCCAUGCAAUUUCCAGUGACCAUACUGGAACUGAAAAGAGCAAAAUGGAUGCAAUGUACAUUUGCUAGGUGAUCUGGGAAUGCUCUCUUAUGGAUAAAACAUAUGUUCCAUACA